CUUUCUUAUUAUUUAUCUUUGAUAUUAACGAUAUACAAAAAUGGAAGAGAAGCCAUCAGUUACGGACGACUUGACCACAGUUUCAUUAGCCCAGUUGACCAUGUCCACCGCACAGCCUUAUGCUUCGUCAUUAGCCAGCAAUGUCAAGUCCAUCUCCUGGGAUGUGGCCACGUUUUGGUCUACUAAGCUGUACCGACAUCUCGCCAAUGCUUCGAAUCCCAAAGCCUACUACAAUCACCUGCUAACGGUGGCCACCAAUUACGAGCAGUGGGCUGAGGCUGCAUCUAUAUUGGACGAUAUCGACGGUCUUAAUGCCUGGAAACAAGAUCCACGGUCGUCCGACUAUGACUGGGAACUGAUUCAGACACGACUUGAUCAACUUCGAACCGUGCGUUUGCAGCAGAGUCAAUCGGCCAUGAUCUUUGCCCUUCGUACAAGUUUAGCCAGGAAUUUGGGUGAUAUGGGCAAUCCCAAGCUGUAUUGCCAUUCACGAGUGGGUACAAAAGAUCUCAUUUCAUCGUACAUUGACCAAGUGAUCCGACAAUUGAACUGGAUUUGCGACGAACCAGCCGAUGAAAAAGAAGAACCUGAUCUUGAUCUGAAGUUUAAACAUGACUUUUUUAUGAAUAUCCGCCAAAGUUUUGGACGAACCGCAUUGCUGUUGAGCGGAGGCGGCACUUUAGGGCUGAACCAUAUUGGUGUAAUCAAGUGCCUUCAUCGUGCAAGGCUUUUACCACGAAUUAUCUCGGGCGCUUCCAGUGGCAGCAUCAUUGCAGCGCUUGUGUGUACAAAGACGGAUGAGGAAAUUCCACACAUGUUUGAUCCUCUGUCGGUCAAACUGGAUGUAUUCGAGCGUGAAGGACAUCCAGAUACACCUAUGAUGCGACUUCAGCGUUUAUUAACGCACGGUCAGCUGUACGAUGUCAACAUCUUGACUGAAGCCAUGCGGGCCAAUAUAGGCGAUCUCACCUUUCAGGAGGCUUUCAAUCGCACUCGGUGGAUUCUGAAUAUUACUGUGAGUUCUUCCACUCUGUAUGACAUGCCUCGGCUGUUGAAUUAUUUGACAGCCCCCGAUGUGUUGAUUUGGUCAGCAGUAGCCGUAUCUUGCGCAGUACCGGUAUUCUACGGCUCCUCUCGUUUGUAUGCAAAGGACAAAAAUGGCAACAUUGUGCCUUGGAAUCCGAGUGAUCAACUUUACAUUGACGGCUCGGUAGAAAAUGAUUUGCCGAUGAACAAAUUAUCUGAAUUAUUCAAUGUCAACCACUUUAUUGUCUGUCAAGUGAAUCCGCAUGUGAUUCCAUUCUUGCAGAAAACCACCAUGCCGUCCUUAGCAAGACAGGCCAUGAAUUUCUGUAUGCACAUGGCGAAAACGGAAGUUCAACACCGUUGCACACAGUUGACCGAGCUCGGGGUGAUGCCUUCCUUUUUCUACAAGAUUCAGGCCAUCAUGUCCCAAAAAUACUCGGGCGAUAUUACCAUCAUCCCCGAUGUGGGUUAUGCGAAUUUUCUCAAAGUACUUUCCAAUCCCACUCCCGAAACCGUCGCCGAAGCAAUCGUAUGUGGUGAACGAGCUACAUGGCCAAAAAUGUCGAUUAUCAAGAACCAUCUACAAAUUGAGUUAACAAUUGACGCUAUUCUAUACCGACUACGUUUACGCCGGUUGAAUGAAUUAUCGCAACGAAAGGGCAAUGGACAGCGCCCGCUUUUGGAAAACCGCGCCGUAUCACAGCUGUAUCUUCCCACGACGUUAAGUAGCACAAUCCGAUUAGAUGCAGUUCAGGAAUCAGAUCCGCCUCCUGCGUUGUCGGUCGUUGUGCGUUCCACCAAAAGUACACCAAUGGUUGUCGCACCGGUGCCUGCAAUUUCAAAAGAUAAACGCGACCGUGUCAAUACAAAGAAAAACCUACUGAUGACUGCUACACGAAUGACCAAAACAUAGCUGUCUAUGCCCAUAUAACUUAAUUACCCGUCACGCCAUUUAUGACUCAUUGAUCCAUCCCGCAGCCAGGAACAUGGGGUUUAUAACGAUCACUAUGAUAGCCAAAUAUUUUAUGAUAUUUCACC